ACUUGUUUCGCCCCAAGGCCCAACAAAUCCAACAAGGCCUGCCGCUCCCGCCGCCGCCGGCGCUCUCCUACCCGGAGCUCGCCCCCCUUCCCCGCCGCCGCCACUCCCACCCGCUGCGGUGCUCCCCCUCCCGCCACACGCCGCCGCGCCUCCAUUGCCGCCGUCGCCCGUCGCCCGCCCCCAUCUCUGUCGCGACUGCUCUCUCGGCUCGGCAGGCGCCGAGGAUGGAGAGCGGAGGAAGCAGAGGCCAGGGAUGCCGCCGGGGAGGGGAUUAUUAGGCGGCGCUCAGCUGCGGCCUGUGUCGGCUUCCACUCUUCGUGUAGCCAAACCGAGGCAACACGCAGAUGCUCCGCCUUGCAAGAAUCUGUACUGCAAGGCCGCGUUCAGGCCGUGCCGUAUUUGCGCUCCUCGCCUGUCCGCCACCCUGUAUUGCCUCUCACAGCUUGGACCACAAGUAUCAUGAUGCUAUCAAGUGCACCGGUGACAAAGAUACCGGAUUCUCGAACCGGAAAUCGCAUGUCGUUACUCGUGGCGCUUGCUUCUCCACCGCUACCGAAACGGUUCUCGUCCAAGCCCGGGACUCGUCUCUGCUAGCAUCGGAGAUAGAAACUGGGACCGACCAGCAGAGGUUCGAUGAUGCGUGGAGGGCCUACGAGAAGCACCUUCACAUGGACGGGCUCCCGAGAAAGUCUGUUCUGAGCAAGCUCAUCACUGGCUUCGCGGCGACCUGUGACACUCACAGGCUUAACCAGUCAUACAAUGUGGUUGAUCGCGCAUUUCAAGAGAGGCAUGAACUGCUGGAGAAGGAGGCCCUGAUUUACCUGUCCCUUAUUCUUGCACGGUGCGCUCUUCCUUAUCUUGCUGUAAAUGUUGUGAGGAAGCUGGUGAAGAUUGAAGCAUACCCACCCGUUGCAGCAUGGUCUGCAAUUAUAGCACACAUGUGUCAGACUGCAACCGGCUCAUUUCUUGCUGCCGACAUGGUAAUGGAGAUCGGAUACCUUUUCCAGAACAAUAGAGUUGAUCCGCGGAAGAAGAGCAACCGUCCACUGCUAGCAAUGAAGCCCAAUUCAUUUACCUUCAGCAUUGUUCUGACUGCAUCCCUCCUGUUUGGUACUACUAAAAAGGCGGAGCAGCUUCUCGAAUUAAUGCCUAGGAUAGGGGUGAAACCUGAAGCCAGCUUGUUGGUUGUCAUGGCUCGCAUAUAUGAAAAGAAUGGACACAAAGAUGAGAUUCAGAAGUUGAAGAGGCAUGUAGAUGAGGCCUGUGGUCUCAGUGAAUCAGAGUUCAGGCAGUACUAUGAUUGCCUGCUCUCCUGCCAUUUGAAAUUCGGGGAUUUGGAUUCUGCUGUGGAUAUGGUACUGGAUAUGCUUAAAAAGGGUAACAACGCAAAGCGGUCACUAGAAGCAGCUAAAGCAGUUCUUGAAGCAGUCGAAUCUAACAAAUUGUAUCUUCCUUAUGAGAAAACGGGCCCUGAAAAUUCAGGUUCCCCAGAUAAACCUCUGUCUACUGAUCGCCAAAUGCAAAAUUACUCUUCAUUCUUCAAAGAUAAGAGCUUUGCAAGGUUUGAAUUAGAGGCGAGAGAAUUACACAAGCUAUUAUCAGAUAAGCUGCAGGAACAGGUUGGACUGGUAAAAUCUGAACAUGGUGUCCUCCAUCCAACUGAAACAAUGUAUGCCAAACUAGUCAAAGCUUUCUUGGAAGCAGAUAAGAUCAGUGCAUUGGCAUCGUUUCUUGUGAAGGCAAGCAAAGAGGAUUCACCUGUGUCUGUUGAGAGCUCCUUUGUUGUACAAGUGAUAAAUGCAUGCAUUUCUCUUGGGUUAUUAGAGCAAGCACAUGACCUUCUUGACGAGAUGAGAUUUUCUGGAGUUAGAAUUGGUUCUUCCAUUUAUUCGUCACUCCUAAAAGCUUACUGCAAAGAGGAGAAUCAUGAAGAUGAUAUAACUGCACUUUUGAAGGAUGCUCAACAGGCAGGAAUCCAGCUUGAUUCAAGCUGCUACGAAGAUUUGAUACAAUCCAGGGCACAUCACAAUAACACCACAGGCGCUCUCCAUCUUUUUAAAGAGAUGAAGAGCUCAAACAUUCAAAAAUCUGUUAACAGGGAGUUUGAGAUGCUAGUACAAAGCUGUGAUAGCAAUGAAGCUGCUUUGACGGCUAAGCUAGUGGAAGAAGUCAAAAGUGGCCAUACAGUUAAUCAUGCCCUUCAUGACUGGAACAAUGUUAUACAUUUUUUCUGUAAGAAGAGAUUAAUGCACGAUGCUCACAAAGCACUGAGCAAGAUGCGUGUUUUAGGCCACACGCCAAAUGCACAAACUUUCCAUUGUUUAGUAACUGCUUAUGCUGCUGUUGGUGGCAAGUAUGUGGAGGUGACAGAUUUGUGGGGCGAAAUGAAAGUUCUGGCCAACUCCAACUCGAUGAAAUUUGAUCAGGAACUGUUGGACUCUCUGUUGUAUUGCUUUGUGAGAGGUGGUUUCUUCCUUCGAGCAAUGGAAGUUAUAGAAUUGAUGGAAAAGUGCGAGAUGUUUAUAGAUAAAUACAAGUACAAGUCCCUGUGGCUUAAAUAUCAUAGAACAUUGUACAAAGGUAAGGCUCCUAAGGUGCAAACAGAAGCUCAACUGAUAAGGAGAGAAGCAGCACUACAUUUCAAGAGAUGGAUUGGGUUGACAUGAAAGUGAGAUUUUGGAAGCAUUGAAGCACGUGUGGCAUAGUGUUUUUGGGACUAGCAUGGUUGGAAACCAAUGUAUGGAUGCCUCUAUCUUUGAUCCUUCCCCAGUUCCCUCCCCAUCUCAUUAUCAGGCUAGACUUUCCCAUGAAGAUAGACCUGCUCUGAGGAUGAUGAUUCUGGUUUGUAGCUGUGCCAGCUGCCGUGCUACAGGAAUAAAUCGCUUGCCAGAUCAUGCUUCCUCCAGAUCAGAAACCCCGGUGGCCAAUGUCGUCCAGUUUUGGUAUGUUGUUUUUGAGUUGAAGUUCUGCAAUAGCCAUUUGUUCUAGUGGACCUAGCCAUACGUGUAUGUACAAUCUGAGACAAGAUGUACAUGAACAUAGAACAGCAGCGGAAAAUCUGUAUGCAAUGCUGUCCAGUGUUCAAGUUGAAACAGGUCGUUGGAUGGAAGGAUGAUGUGAGCGUGCAAUGAUAUAACAAGAAAAUAUACAUGGUUUACUUGGUA